UCUCUCUCUCCUGGAAAUAUAAGAGACCCAGGUGGCACCCAUACACAGAUGGUUUUAUGACUUUAUUACACUGAUGUAUUUUAUUGCAUUUUAAACACAAUGUUUUUGAUUUGUGUGUGUGUGUGUGUGUGUGUGUGUGUGUGUAAGUGUGUAACAAUGUCGGAGUUGGAGAACUGCCUGAACACCAUCAUUCACAUCUUCCACAAAUACUCGGAGAGAGAGGGAGACAGAAACACACUGAAGAAGAGCGAGCUGAAGGAGCUGAUCACACAGGAGCUGCCCGCAUUCAUACAGGAUGUAAAGGACCCAUCCUCAUUUGAUUCUCUGAUGGAGGGUCUCGACACCGACGGAGACGGCGAGUGUGACUUCCAGGAGUUCAUGACCUUCGUCACCAUGGUGACCAUCUGCUGCCAUGAGUUCAUCAAGCACCAUGAGGAUGAAUGAGCUGGAGAGGACAGAGGAACUGACCGCUGGAAACUAAACCAGAUUUUACUGUCAGUGUAACAGCAUAGAAUCUCAAUCCAUAACUUACAUUUCUUAUUAUUAUUCCUCUUAUUAUUAUUUCUGUUUCGUUGGGAAUUGCUGAUUAUUCCUGGUUUUAACACUAUUAAACUGGUUUUGACUGGUUUCUACACAGUGGCUUUAGCUGAAUGUAUUGAGCUCUGACUGGAUUCGACUGGUUUUGACUUGUAUUGCUAGUUUUAAUUUGUUUGUAAUGAUUGGGUUUGACUGGUUUGAACUGGUUUUGAAUGCCUUAUACUGGUUUUUCAAAUCAAAUGUAAGGAGAAUUUCCUAUGAAUUGUUGCUAUUAUCUUUUUUUAAGCUAGCUAUAUCUGAUACCUAACCAUAUUUCCUCACCUUUAUUUAUCUCUCUGAAAAUAAAACAAAAUGAAUGAAUGUAAUGACUGGAACACUUAUUCCCAGUUUUCCAUAAAAUGAAACAUAACACACAGCUCACUGAGAUAAAACACUCCAGUGUGAGGGAGUUGUGGUCUUUCAGUGGCACUUAAUAAAAUAAAAGCUUUUGACAAAUCACAUUGUUACGUAAUCAGAAUUAAAUUCAACCAAAAUGUUAAACUGAGUUAUUAUUUUAAUGGUUCUGUGGGAGACUGAAUUCACUGAAUGUCCGCUUGUAACCCUGAGCUGCUCCUGGUCCUGACAUUAACACACUCACUGAGCAGGAAACAUACAGGGCCUGCUGUGUUCCGCUCUCAUUUCUAAUGGAAGCUUGUAACCGAAAAUAAAA